GGCCACUAUUGGUAUCGCGCAUGCGAUGAAACACUUCACGGCCAGGCGGCACAACUGGCGACAUAUUUUUGUAGGCUACAUUGUGUUUUUCAUUUAACAGUUCACGGCGGGUGUGUUUUGAUGUUUUUAAAUGUAGCUUACGCUAUGCAUUACGAUGUGUUUACGUGGUUGCCAAUCCAAAAUAAUAAAGGAGUUGUUACAUGAACAUACACGAUUUUGGUUACAUAAAGUCUGAGUCUUUCUGUCACUGCAAACCUUCAGUUUCCUCCAUACUCGUCCCGGCGUGUUCACGUGGGAAAGUGACGUCAAUGCAUACCCUCUAUUGGGUUUUAAUGGCAGCAAGUUGCUGCCAGUGGCUGCCACUUCCUGCUGCCAGCAGCUUUUUUGCUCAACCCCCUCUCUGAUUUAUAUCCAGAACGUGAUGCUUGAUGGGAUACACUUAGCCCUGAAUACCACACUAUUGCUCGGAAGCGAUAUUCAAGAUAGUGUGGGUUUAGUGUGCGUUAAGGGCACUGCACUUUGGCGUUUUUAAGACAUUGGACAGACUUGCGAACUUACUUCCUGUCGCGUGCACGCGCUCUUAAGUGGGGAACGUAUUUGGACGUAGCCUGUCCCUGGCACACACUAGCACGCCCGCUUCUGGCUCGAUAGUUGAAAGGAGGCUUUUGCCUUUGAGGAUUUUCUGUAUCAAUAUGGCUUACACCUUACCUUCUCCCGUCAAAGACUGUUACCUUUGCACUUCUUCUUUAAAAGACUCUGUUGUUUUAAAAUGUUGCCACAGUUUGUGUAAAAACUGCCUACAAAACUACUGGGAGCUCAACAAGUCUCUGGAGUGUCCCGUCUGCCUGAGAGAGAUGCACUGUUCUGUGCGUCUGCAGCAGUCGAGCGUUUCUCGCUUUGCCACAGAAAGUACAUUUUCUGAAAAGUCGAAUGAAACCAGGUAAGUGCUGUUUUUCUUUUAAUUAAAACUUCUUAGAACUAAGAUCUCUCCCUUACUACAUUAACAUUCUAAUUUAAGAAAUGUUAAUAAGAACAAUCAUACAGCCUGUCGUAACUAUUUUAUGUUUGCAUGAAUACAUCACUACUAAGCUUUUCCUGUUAAUCGAAAGUUAGUGAUUGCUCUGUAACAUGUCAGAUGAGAACUGGCUCUCCCAGCUGAGUCUGGUUUAUCCCAAUGUUUAUUCUCCAUUUACACAUCAUUGAAGAUUUGGUUCCUUGCCACUGUUGCCGUGUUGUCUUGCUCACCUGGAGACUGCAGAUAUUGGAUCAGCUUAGGGUUCUGUCAACAAUUCUGUUAAAGGAGUCAUCGGAUGAAAAUCAAAAAUAUUCUGUGUGUAAGUGCUAUAAUCGGGUCCCCGGUGUAUCUGGCAACCCAGAAAACGUAAAAACAAGAUCCCAGCAAGUUUGUUUUGGCAAGCCUUUCCCUGCAAGCAUGUGAGAAAUCGAGCCGUUCAGAUUUCGCUCCUGUUGUGACUUAAAAACAGGAUCUUAUUAUAAUAUUACAGCCCCUUAAUCUACACAAUUCCACCCACGGCGCUGCCACCAUUGUUGUUUUCACAAGCGACAGCUGUGUACGUGACGCCAUGGCUAAAGUUCGUGGACAACAUGCAAUGUAGUCGCUGCACAGAGUCCUAACCUCGGAAGAGACAGGAGUGGAUUUAUUUUAUUUUUAGUGGAAAUCCCUCAGAAACCAUAAGUAAAAACCUGCUUGUUUGCGCGAAUCACUUCAAUCCAGAGUGCUUUAUAAACCUGGGACAGUACAAGCAGGAUUAGCUUCAAAGUUGUUGCUCAAGAGGGAUCGAGACCAACUGAUCGAGACAAAGCUGCCGAUGUAAGUAAUAUUUAUCAACAGUCUGAAUUGACGUACAUGUACCGUAUAUAUAGGAGGAUAACGUUAGCAUACAAUAGCGAAGGGAGCUAAGUCAGUCACGGGCUAAAUAGAACAUUCAAAGCCAGUGUUAAACUUACUCUAUAUUUAUAUGUUAUUUGGCAAAUGGGCACUUGGAGUUUAGCUGUAUGUAUGUUAAUACAUUAUGUGCAUUAAUAUGUUUAGCUGCGGCAAGCUGUUUGUUUUGCUAAUGAACAGGGGCGAACACUCCGGUUAGUUUCGUUUUAAACAUCUCAAAUCAUUUGUCCUUAGGCUGAAAAAUCUGUCACCGCACUAGUUAUGCUCUCACGUUGUGUGUGUAAAGUUAUAUCUUAAGCGCUAAAAUCCACAUAAUUCCGCUGAGAUCUGCAGGUGCGCAUUCUGUGGAUUUUAUGCAAGCAUACACGCACAUCGUGAGCGCUGUUUGCUGUGAUGGAUUUUUUAGUAUCCGGAUGAAUGAUUUGAGACGUUUAAAACUAAACUAACCGCAGUGGAUUUCAGGAAACAUAAUUUAGCUAAACCAUUGCCAUGGCAGUACGAACUCAUUAUCAUUUAAAGAGACAUGCACCAAAACGGAAGGGUUUUGUUUACACAGCCAUUGAGUGUUUUUAAGCAAAAUAUGUUCCAGACAUUUUAUGAAGACCCUAAUAAAUCAUACCAUCUUGUUGAAAGAGCUCAUCCGAUCAGUCCUUUAACAUUGCUUUUACUAGGAAGGUCCUUUUUUACAAUAAUACCACGUACAACAUUCUUCACUGUUUGUACUCUAUACACAUAAUGUUUUUCAUGUAAAGCUGCUUUGAAAUAGUGCAACAUUGUACAAAGCUCUGUAUAGCUAAAUAAACUUGAGUUGACUGUCAUAGAAUCAGCUUUUCCUUAUAGUAUCUCUUUAAAGCCUUUGAUUUGUGCCAUAGGGAUGACGAGGUAGAUGCAGAUGUGAUCAGUUCUGUGCUUUUGGGGCCCAAUAAAUCUACAGACGUAACUGUGGGUGGUGGAGGAGGUUGCUCUAAAUAAUUGUGGUCAAAUCUUUGUCCAAAAUGUGGCAAGAUCUUCAAAAGAAAGUCUGACCUCAAAGCGCACAAGAAGGUGCAUGUUGUAAUAAAGCCGUACAAGUGCUCCACCUGUGGAAAGAGUUAUGCUUGUAAGAGAGAGAGAGCCUUACACAUGCGACUGCACACAGACGAGAAGCUGUUCGAGUGCUCUCACUGUAAGAACAAGUUCACCAGAAAGCGAGAUCUGAUAUCUCACUUAAGGAUCCACACAGGGGAGAAGCCAUUCUCUUGUUCUCAGUGUGGGAAAUGCUUUGCUUACAGAUGUUCCUUAAAAAAUCAUGAGCGGUUGCAUGAAGGAAAUCUGCGCUUUCAGUGCGAUCAUUGCGAGAAGCUUUUCAACACUGCAGCGGCUGUGAGGAGACACAAAAUGACCCACACUGGAGAGAAACCUUUUGCAUGCACACAAUGUGACAAAAAGUUUACCACAAAUUUUGAGUUGAAUACUCACGUGAAUAGCCAUUCGGGGAACAAGCCGUUUAGCUGUUCUGUUUGUGGGAAGCGUUUCCUGAGAAAGCCAGAACUUUACUCUCAUCAGCUCAGUCAUCAGGACGACCGUCCCUUUCAUUGCACACAGUGCACACUAAGCUUCAAAAGACUGAGCCACCUGACAUCACACAUGAGGACCCAAUCCGAUGACAGCCCUUACAAGUGCACCUACUGCAGCAAAUCCUUCAAGCUUCCCGUCUGCCUAAAACUGCACGAGCGCAUUCACACUGGAGAGAAGCCUUACAGCUGUGAGCAGUGUGGCAAAAGGUUCCAUUCAUCUGGAGAUUGUACCAAACACCAGCGGGUACACACUGGGGAAAAACCAUACAAGUGCUCAAAAUGUGACAAGAGCUUUAGCCACAGUUGCUCUUUAAAGAUGCACAAGGUCACGCACUCCGAGGACAGACCUUUCCACUGCGAGCAGUGCGGCAAGAGCUUUAACAGACUUAAUACUCUGAAGAAUCAUAAGUUGAUCCACGGUGAUGAAAAAUUAUACACGUGUUCUCAAUGUGGGUCAGCCUUCAAAAAGAAGAGUGGGAUCAAGAUGCACAAAAAAAUUCACUCCAGCGAGUUCCAUUGCAGCACCUGUGGAAAAACCUUCCGUCGUCAAAAUACCUUCCAAAGCCAUCAAGACAUGCAUGCAGGGAUCAACAUCCACAAAUGCUCAGAGUGUGGAAAAUGCCUGAGCUCGGCAAGUAGCUUGAAGAAGCACAUGGAGCAACACUUCGGCAAGAAAAUGUACCACUGUGGCGAGUGUUACAAGAGUUUUUCCUCCCUGUCGUGGGUACGUAAGCACCAGAAGGCGGAGCACACUAAUAAGAAGCCAUACGUCUGCCAAAAGAAAAUAUCCUGAAGAGCAUUGGUAACCAUUGGUCCCAAUCCAUAGUUGUCAUGUGACAUCACACGCUUAGGGGAACGCCCCACUGACGGGCAAAAGAAAGCUAUCUGCCAUUGUCUCCCAUGUUAAAAGUGGGUGAUUUCUUUAAUUUAGUUUAAAUAACAAAUAGUUUUUUUGCAAUAAAAUUCAACAACAGUUGAGGAGACAGGCCUGAACUAUGAAUAUACAGAAUCACUGCAGAGAAAGAAAAGCCAGAAAAGAGGAAUUUGUGAAUUUUUGCCAUAAAUUUCUCCCUGGCCCCAUUGAUAGAAAACAAUGGGAUCCAUAAAUGUACACUUGUAUCUGCUGUGAACACUUCAUCAAAGGUAACCUCAUGUAAACAUUGAAUAUACUGUAAUAAUCUAUGUAUUUUUAGCCGUAAAUAAAAUAAAUUUAAAAUGAUUUUUCUUACUAAAAUGGUUGUCGUGGACAAGGCAACCCAUUAAAGUGAUUAGUUACACUAACUAUUAGCUAAAGCUCAAGUUUUGUGAUGCGAUGUUACAUGUACAGUAAAUAAACUGAAAAUGCAAUGAUUUGCGAAUCCUUUCGCACCUUUAUUCAACCAUUAUAUAGUACUUAGAAUAUUACAUCUGUGUUCCGAACUUAUUUUAAUAAUAAGUUUAUUGUAUUUUAUUGAUACAAUACAAGACAAUAUAAUAUUAGUAUUACUAUGGGGGUAGUAUAUAAUGUAAGGGAUUCUCCACAAAGUAUAUGUCACCAUCACCUAAGUGGAACUCUGACAGGAAUCUGACUUUUUCUCUGAUUAAAGUAUGAUGGCUGUGCUAUGCAGUAUAUGGAUUACAACUGCCCGAAACAUGUAGUUUGUAUUCAUAUCUUAAGUUUUCUUUUGUUGAGAGGUGAUUUAAAUAUUCAAGGCCUGAAACAGAAGGAAAAUUGACUGACUUAUGCUGUGUGACUGGAGAGCUUAAUGUAAGCAGCCACUUUCUUGCCUGCCAGCCGUCCUAGUAGGUCACGUGACUGAAAAGUAUGGAUUGACUUUCAUUGUAUGGACACAAAACCACAAAGACAUUUUUCAAAAUAUCUUUUGUGUUCCAAGAAGACAAUGUGCUUUCACAUGUGCUUUGAACACAUGCAUGAGAAUAAAUAAAUGACAGUUUUUUAUGUUUGGGUGUUUUUAUGUUCUUUAAGAAUCCAUUACUAUAUAUAAGCUAUAAAUUUUAUUAGUUUCCCUGUGUUUUUGCUUUUAUUGUUAUUUUGUUUCAUGAUUGAUUGUUGUUUUUUCUCUAUUCCACCACAAAGAUGAGUAAACUAACGUAGUGAACAGCACCCAACAGUGCAUUCUAGGGCCCAACUUUAUGGCAGGGUCUCUAACUGCCAUGAUGGAGAAAGGUUUGCUACAUUGGGACUGGAAUUUGGUGGGCUAACAAGUAUCAUCAGAUAAGGCUGCUAGGACAACUGCCAGACACCCCUUGCAGGGCAGCAUGAAAAACCUCAGUACCGCACUUGGAAGAAGAGGAAAUUUCCAUUGUUCCACAGGAUUUUGCCUUAUAAAGAUUCAAAGAAGCUUUAUUGGCAUGAUAAAAUAGAUUUUACAUUGCCAAAGCACAGGAAAAUUAAAUAUAAACAUUCUGCACAAAUCCAGAUUAAGAUAAAAAUAAAAUAAAAGUAUAUAAGUAUAUCAAUAUAAACAGAAAAUGAGCAAAGUAUUGAUUAAAGUUCUCAGUGAGAGUGACAUGAUCCUGUCAUAGUGUCAGUUUGUGUGUGUUGUACAGUGUUUUGUACUGUUGUGGUUGUUCUUUUGUCGUGGCAGGACUUGACAUAUCUUGCAGCUAGGUUUGAGCUUAUUGAGCAAGCCUCUCGUUCGCCUGCAGCUGAGGGAUUCCGGAUGUUAGACAUGAUCGUUAAUAGCGUUGUCAAUACGGAUAUUUCUCUUAAACAAACGCAUCGAUUCGCUUCAUAAGACCUUUGUUAAGACCACAGAGCCGUGUCGAUCUGUUCUUUGAUCAAUGGAUGCACUUUUUGGAGCUUCAAAAAAUUGCCCCCCCAUUCACUCCCAUUCUACCGCUUUGAAGCAAAAGGAUAUGUGGUAUCAUAACUCCGACUGCAUUAUUCUUCAAGAAGAAAGUCAUAUUCACUUAAGAUGCCUUGAGGGUGAGUAAAACAUGGGGAAAUUUUGAUUCAUGCCUGAAGUAUCACUUUUAUUGAUUUUGUAUAUCUUGUUUCUUUUUCUUCCCUAGAGUGUCCUUAUAUUGUUUAAGUUUUUCAUGGUAGAGUUGGCGUGUGUUUACAUUGUCACUAAAUUCCCUCUACUCUGGUUCAGGUCAGUGUAACCAUAAAACUUCACAGGACCUCCAGAUGUGACUCUUUGUUCUGAGUUUCCCCGAGACUGUACAGCAACACAACAAAGUUUUGGGUCUCCGUCCUACUCACCCAGAGAUUGCAACAGAUCCAACCACGUUCCAAGUCUACUGUUUCUUCGCCUUAUUAAAAACAGAGAACAUUCUGCCAUUCAUCAAUCGCUUAUAUUUUCUAUUGCACUUUACUUUCAAACCUUACUCUCUUUUAGCAUUCUUGUACCAUUUAGUAGUUGUUAGUUACUCAUGUGUUUGUUAAUAAAUUAUAUUUUAUUACAUAUGUGUCUUCCUUGUGUUGAUAAUACAGUAAGAGGCUCUACGAGUUAGCUGAAUCUCACAAAAUACUUCAGAUAAACCAGGUGAUUUCCUUCCUCUAUUUUUCUUCCCCCUUCCUAUAUGUGGAGGAAGGGAUUCCAUCUAAGCUAAACAUUCCGACAUGGUAUAACUUAUUUGGUCAUUCUGUGAACCCCUGGACAUAUGAAACCUUCCAGAUGUCUUCUGGUACCGUAUAUAAAGACUUGUAGUUUCUAAAAUAAGUGAGUUCAAAAGCUUGAUGCCUCUCUGUCUUGUUUUUUGUGCUCCCAGAUCUGCAGAAGAAUUCUCUAACCACACACAAUAAUGGAUUGUAAAAAAACUGGAUGUACUGUAAUGGUCUCCUGGCCAUUAGAUGAUGUCAGUGAUCCUGAUGUAGCUUUUUACAACCACUUCUGAAGCCUCACGUGCUAGUUCCCACUUCAACCCGGAAAUAAUUUAUGGAAAGGCGCUCUUAAUGUUAACAUAUACUUGUAGGCCCGGUUUCACAGACAAGGCUUAAUGCUAGUCCCAGACUAAAAUGAAUGCAUGACCUGUCUUAACUCAAUAUAACCUGCCCAGAAAUAUCUUAAAAUAAACCAGUGCCAUUGUUUUGUCUCAAGAUGCACACCAGUAAUGUAUUCUUCUCAGGCAUUUUAUAAAAGCAACAUAAAUAUCUUAAUUCAACUAAGGCAUAGUCCUGGCUUAAGCUAAGCCGUGUCUGUGAAAUCGGGCCGUAGUGUUUAAUGCUAUGAAACUAUUAGUAACAUUAAUGGUUUAGUAUUACUAAAUCCAGACGUUACUUCCGCGUUUGUGGUGGGAAAUAUUCCACUUCCGAGGUGUCUUGAACGCAGCAUAAGAACAACACAGCAACAGCAUGAGAUGCUGCUAUCCUCUUGGGUGAGGGGGCAUCACGUCUCCAAAUAAAACCACAAUAACAGAACAAUACAGAUUCAUCACCCAAGAUAUACAGUAGGUGGCGGUAAUACUCCAAAGGAGUGAUCGGCCAUAAAACUGGACGAAGAAGAAAAUGAGAUGCUGCUGUAAGAAGAACUACAGCAUGUGACGUCGGUCUAUGAAACAUCACAACUGAUAUGUUUACCUUUGAGGAUCACCCUUGUUCACCCUAAAUGUUGUCACAACAACAUGGCAUCCACCCCACUCUCUCCUGUGAAACAGUGUUACAUUUGCACAUCUACUUUAAAAGACGCUGUUGUUUUAAAAUGUUGCCACAGUUUGUGUAAAAACUGCCUACAAAGCUACUGGGAGCUCAACAAGUCUCUGAGAUGUCCUGUUUGUUUGAUGGUGAUACACUGUUCUGUGCUUCUGCAGCAGCAGUUCAGCGUUUCUCGCUUUGACACCGAGAGAAAUGUUUCUGGAAACAGCCAAAUUGAACCAAACCGAACGAGGAAUGCUGGAAGUGAGUUGUGGAAGCAGUUGAUUAAAACAAGCUGUCAAACUUUUCCUUCACAUCACAAGUCUUUGAUUUGUGCCUCUAGGGAUGAGGAGGUACAUACCGACAUGAUGCAACAUGAAACCGCUCCUUCAUCCACUUUCACGCUUAUGGGGCCCAAUGAAUCUACAGAGCAACCUCCAUCAUCACCCACAGCUACUUCUAAAUCAUCGAGGUCCAACCUGUGUCCAAAAUGUGGCAAGAUUUUCCAAAAAAAGUCUGACCUCAUAGACCACAAGAAGGUGCACGCCUUAGAAAAGCCAUACAAGUGCUCCACCUGUGGAAAGAGUUAUGCUGGUAAGAGUGAGCUCAACUUACACAUGCGACUGCACACGGGUGAGAAGCUGUUCGAGUGCUCUCACUGUAAGAAAAAUUUCUUCAGGAUGAAUUCUCUAAAGAUUCAUUUAAGGACCCACACAGGGGAAAAACCCUUCUCUUGUUCUCAUUGUGGGAAAUGCUUUGCUCAGAAAAAUGCUCUAAAAAAUCACGUGCAGUUGCAUGAAGGAAAUCUGUGCUUUCAGUGCGAUCAAUGCGAGAAGCUUUUCAACACUGCAGCGGCUGUGAGGAGACACAAAAUGACCCACACUGGAGAGAAACCUUUUGCAUGCACACAAUGUGACAAAAAGUUUACCACAAAUUUUGAGUUGAAUACUCACGUGAAUAGCCAUUCGGGGAACAAGCCGUUUAGCUGUUCUGUUUGUGGGAAGCGUUUCCUGAGAAAGCCAGAACUUUACUCUCAUCAGCUCAGUCAUCAGGACGACCGUCCCUUUCAUUGCACACAGUGCACACUAAGCUUCAAAAGACUGAGCCACCUGACAUCACACAUGAGGACCCACUCCGAUGACAGCCCUUACAAGUGCACCUACUGCAGCAAAUCCUUCAAGCUUCCCGUCUGCCUAAAACUGCACGAGCGCAUUCACACUGGAGAGAAGCCUUACAGCUGUGAGCAGUGUGGCAAAAGGUUCCAUUCAUCUGGAGAUUGUACCAAACACCAGCGGGUACACACUGGGGAAAAACCAUACAAGUGCUCAAAAUGUGACAAGAGCUUUAGCCACAGUUGCUCUUUAAAGAUGCACCAGGUCACGCACUCCGAGGACAGACCUUUCCACUGCGAGCAGUGCGGCAAGAGCUUUAACAGACUUGACACUCUGAAGAAUCAUAAGUUGAUCCACGGUGAUGAAAAAUUAUACACGUGUUCUCAAUGUGGGUCAGCCUUCAAAAAGAAGAGUGGGCUCAAGUUGCACCAAAAAAUUCACUCCAGCGAGUUCCAUUGCAGCACCUGUGGAAAAACCUUCUGUCGCCAAAACACCUUCCAAAGCCAUCAAGACAUGCAUGCAGGGAUCAACGUAAUCCACAAAUGCUCAGAGUGUGGAAAAUGCCUGAGCUCGGCAAGUAGCUUGAAGAAUCACAUGGAGCAACACUUCGGCAAGAAAAUGUACCACUGCGAUCUGUCAGAGGCAGGACCAGCGGUCUUCAGCCCCCACAAACCGGCCUGCACCUGCCACACAAAGCCAGGCAACCUCGAGCUGUGACCCAGUGCGCGUCUUCCAUCCCAUCGGACAUCGCAGAUCGCACAAAUAAAUAACAUCAAAGCAUGCGUGUUUUCUGUUUUCAUUAAAAUGCAUAUUUGUCAAACAAAGAAGCUAUCACCUUGCAAACAGGUAGACUUACCCAUUGCUUGUAAUUGAUUAAUGUAGGUUUUUAAAUGUUUUACUUUUAAUCGUGCAUUUUAAUUGAGGUAAACUAUCUUAGAAGUAGCCUAAAAGCUCAUGAAAGUUUUUUUUUACACCAAAGCACCCAUUAACCUUGUAAUUUCAAACAAUUAAAUGAUCAUGUAAUUAGGCUGGAAAGGAAUAUACUUUAUUAAUGUUAUGAAAAUAAGAAAUCGCAUCGGAAUCUAUUUUUACAUUUGAUAU